GUCCUUUGGCUUGGAUAUUUCCCGUUGGAAGCUAACCUUAACUUUGGGCUUGCAGCUCGAUGAGAGUUUAUUCUUCAUGCGCAUGGGCAUGCAGUUUAGUCUCAAAAUUCUCCUCAGGAAGAACGGUUGCUAAAAUCUUCUCCAAAAUUGAGCAAGCUGUAGAAAACGGCGUCCUCCCUCAAACGCGCUGUACGGUGUUGCCGAACACCGGCGUCAACAAACUUGCAUUGAGACCUCUGACAGACCCAAAUACAUUUUGUCAAUCGAUGAGCGCGAAAUACUGUCCAAGCGUUAAGAUAGUAGGUCGGCUUUCAAGAUACCCCUUUUCUUUGCAAAAAAGAAAACACCUGUAAAUGAAUCUAUGUAUCAAUCGCCUCACCGGUUGAAGUCUCUCCUUAAUUUGAAACACUGCUAAGCCUUAUAAUCCAGCCCUGUCUGAUGAAUGGCCCCAUAACCAACAUUGAAACAAG